GUUCAAGGUCACCGGCCCGCGGCCUGGUUAAGGUUAAGCGUUCACACACACACACACCACGGACAUGAUGUCAUCGUGACAUCACUCGCGUAACCAGUUGUGGUUGGGUCGUUUGCGCGCGCGCGCACACCGUACGCCCGUUGUCAGUCCGGAAUUAAAAAAAAAAUAUUAAAAUAUUAUUGUUAUUAUUAUUAUCAUCACGGUACAGCUGCGGGAUAUUGUUUGGAUUAUUAUUAUUAUUGGAUUUUUUUCACGUUCCCUUUUUUUCGUCCCAAAGCGGACGCCGUCGGUCGCUAAUUACAUCUCUUCUUUUUUUUUUUUAACUACAAUAAACAUACAAAAAUCACCGGUUUUAAUAUUUCGAACCGUCGUUGUCGCGGCCGCCCACGCACGCUACCCUUUCCGUCGCCGCGGUCGGGAAACUCCGUUGUCGUCCGUCACCUGAUACGAUCAAACGCGCGCCGGUGGAGUGUGUGUGUGUGUGUGUGUGUGUGUAUUGUAGUGAUAACGUUUUGUUCGCGGGCACCUCCUCAUCGUCGCCGCCGCCGCCGCCUCCGUAGAACACCUGUUGAUGCGAAACGUGCGGCUUUUUCGGUCGGUCGUAGCUGCUGACGGACGUAAGAUUUACGGGACGAAGACGUGUUUUCCAAACCGGUUGGUUGCCGAAAAUACAAAUUAACGAUCGGAUUCAAGGUUGAGGCAUUUUACUGGAGCCGUGUGUCGUGAAACAAGCGGAAUCAUAGUGGAAUCUUACUGGAGUCAUGUAUCGUCCCAAGUGGCCGUUGACUUGUAUGGAUUUGACACGUUGGAGUUGCCGCUCUUAGCACGACAUCACUCGUGGAGAUAUCUUUGGCGUGACCAACGACCAGAGGAGUAGUAGGAGGAAGAGUCCCGGACCCUAACAGAUUCUUUCAGGAUUUUAGGGAGCAGCGGACGGCCCCGAAGUGCAACGGAUACGACGGUUUCCACCUCCAAAAUGGGCCGUAAGAAAAUCCAAAUUUCCCGAAUCACGGACGAGAGGAAUCGUCAGGUGACGUUUAACAAGAGAAAAUUUGGCGUCAUGAAAAAAGCGUACGAAUUAAGCGUACUCUGCGACUGCGAGAUCGCUCUUAUCAUAUUUAGCAGCUCCAACAAGCUGUAUCAGUACGCCAGCACCGACAUGGAUAAGGUGCUGCUCAAGUACACCGAGUACAAUGAACCCCACGAAUCGCUCACAAACAAAAACAUUAUUGAACAACUCAAUAAGAAAGAACUCAAGGGAGGCGCUAUGAGCCCCGAGAGUCCAGAUGAGAGCUGUGACGGCACACAAGGUCCAUACCAACUGACCCCUAGGACCGAAGCCAAGUAUAGUAAAAUCGAUGAAGAGUUCCAGUUACUCAUGCAGCACCAACGGAUGGCAAGAAAUAAUGUAGGUGCUAACUACACGCUUCCCGCCUCGAUGCCCGUCAACAACAUGUACCAAGAAAGUGGAAAUAUGCAAAUGCAACACAGCGCCAGUCCACGGCCUCCUUCGUCGGACGCAGAUUCUGUUUAUCCUGCUAGUAACAUGUUGGAAAUGAGCAAUGGAUACCAAGCGUCUUCUUCGCCCGCUCUAGUCAAUUCGCCUUCGUCGCCGGCACAAUUAGUCAUGUCGCCUUCACCCACGCCCAAAGCAUUAAACGCGUCCAACCGAGCUACUCCGCCUCCGAGACAUCAUUCGCCCAGACCCAACUUACGUAUAGUCAUGCCAAACGCUACUAGUCAUCAUAACGACGAUACGGAUAACAAUUCAAUUAACACGCCUUCCGUCUCGCUGAACACUCCUGUCGUUGCGCUGCAUACACCCGGAUUAGGCGGCUCCUACCAUGGGAUUUUCACUGAUCUUACAUCAUCGGACAUGGGUUUAUCAUCGGCUUUGAAUUGGUCAAAUCAACUAGCACACAACAGCAAUAUGUCGCACCUGGGUGUACCUAAUUCGCCACCGCCAUCGUCACAGUCACCGAAUUCGGUACGCAUCAAAAGCGAACCGAAUUCACCGCCCCAUUUACAUCACCAUACGUCAGUGGCACCGUCUUCGGGAGCGCCUAACACAGUCGUCUCACAUUCUAUAAGCCAUUUGUCGUUGCCUCACGCCCACUCGUCGAUACCGUCUCAUCAUUUGACGGUAACAGAACGUUUUAUAUUGGGUGGGCAGCUGUCCGGCGGCAACCAAAGUCUCGUAGAUUCGAGGCACGAUUUUGACGGCGGUCCUCCACCGAAAAGGCUGCGCGACACCUGGCCAACAUGACUAAACUGUUGAGUAGUAGCUUGACAUCACAGCAAAUUUUUCUUCUACUGACCAACUUCUUUCUUCUGUUAACAAUUUUUCUUUUUUGACAAAUUGUCCUAUAAUUAGUACUACUCUAAAGCUGUUAUCCAUUUCAAUGACUACUCCAACACUGCUACAAGACAAUUAAUUUUCUGAUGUAUGCUACAUUGAAUACUCCUUCUCUCUUUAUCUCUUUUGUCUGUCGUCAAUAUUAUUUUAUAUGUGUAUAUAUAAUCUUCUGUUUUUAUCUCUAUAAAAUAACAUAUCUAUAUGUUUGUAAGUACUAGUUGAUGAUGAUUGAUAAAUAUAUAUAUUGAUAUAUAUAUAUAUAUAUAUAUAUAUAUAUAUAUAUAUAUAUAUAUUUAUUAUAAUAAUAUGAAGUUUGUCAAUGAUUAUCGGCCACUUGCUAAUGUACCGCAAAAAAAAAUCUGACAUCGACAAACUUAAAUGAAUAAGUCUAGUCUCUUAACAAUAUAGUAAACGAUAUAUUUGUAUGUAUAUAUAUACUAAAAUUACUAGUCAAUAAACUCAGUAAGACAAAACUUGACUAUGUAUAUGUACAUUAUAUCGACCAAAUUCAAAAUGUAGAAUUUAAGUUCUUUUACAAUAUAUAUAUAUUUAUAUAUAUUAUAUUGAAUAAUAUACUAACACUACUUUUGUUUUAAAUUAGACGGUUUUUUUUAAUUUUAAUUUAUUUAAAUUUUUUUCUGUUAAUAACAUUUGUUUGAGAGUUGAUUUAAAUUAAAUAUUAAAUAAUUUUAAAUUUUGUGUACAUUGUUAUUGAGUGAUGAUCCAGUAAAUAAUUUUCAAAAGUAUAUUAUAUAAAUAAAGACUUUUUGUGUAAUGUGUAAAUUUACGAUAUUUAUUUUGAACU